AUGGACGACGAUUUACCGACCGAUUUCCAGGUCAUCGUUGUGGGGACAGGAAUGGUGGAGUCCAUAGUGGCCGCCGCCUGCAGCAGAAUAGGAAAGAAUGUCUUGCAUCUAGACUCCAGUGAUCAUUAUGGAGGUCUAUGGGCGUCAUACAAUUUUGAUGGACUACAGAAAUUUAUCAAAGAAGUCAACUCUGAUCCAAAAAGACAAUUGCAGGUCUACAAUUUAGCUGAAAAAUGGUAUAUUGAAAAGGAAUCGGCACAAGACGAGAAGAAGGAAGAGGGUGGGGACGAAAAGCCCGAGGAGGCGAAAGCAGAGCCAGCUAAGAAAGUGUGGAGCCAGGCCAACUUCUCUGCGGAAUAUAGGAAGUUUAACAUUGAUAUGACACCUAAGCUGCUGUUCUCUCGCGGUCCACUCGUCGAGCUCCUGAUCUCCUCAAACAUAGCUCGUUAUGCGGAGUUCCGCUGCGUCACCAGAGUCCUGACGUGGCUCAACGAUCGCCUUAUGCCUGUACCCUGCUCCCGAGCUGAUGUCUUCGCGACUGAAGCUGUGGGUAUCGUUGAGAAACGCCAACUCAUGAAGAUGUUGACGUCUAUCGUUGGAUACAAUGAAGAGGAAAUGAAUAACGAAUUUAAAGAUUGGAAUGACAAGACAUUCAAAGAGUACUUAGCACACAAGGGUCUGACUCCCAAUCUGAUCCACUACGUGUUGUACGCGAUCGCGGGCGGCACCAACAACAUGCCUUGCUUGGAGGGCGUCAAGGAAUGCAAGAAGUUCCUCAUGAGCCUCGGUCGCUAUGGCAACACUCCCUUCCUGUGGCCCAUGUACGGCAGUGGAGAACUACCCCAGUGCUUCUGCAGAUUGUGCGCUGUUUUCGGCGGCGUGUAUUGUCUGAACCGACCAAUCGACAAGGUUCAAACAAAGACGGUAGAUGAGGGAAAAACUGUGGUCACGAUUGACAGCAAAUCUAAGACCCUGAACUGCGACCACUUGGUGAUAGGCAUCAACGAAUGUCCUAAGGACUUGAUCUCACCGGAGCCGGCGGAGAGCAGCGACAUAUCGAAGGCGGUGUUCAUAACGAAUGGCUCCAUAAUGAAGAGUGACAAGGAGCCGCUGACCCUGCUUCGCUUCCCUCCUCAGUCUGAUGAUGAUCACGCCGUCACCGUACUCGAAGUCGGACCCGCCACCGGCUCUUGCCCCAAAGGACUGUUUGUGGUGUACUUCAUUACGAACAAGGUGAAGGAUGCCGAGUCUGACCUCAUGGGCAUCGCGGAGAAGAUCUUUGACAUGUCAGGCGGCGACCAAACUGCUGAGUCUGAAAAACCCAAGUGCUUGUGGUCGUUGUUCUACAAUGUGAAGGAUACAAGCGCGGCCGUAGCCAGCGUUGCAGACUGUCUACAUGUUUGCUCCGGACCUGAUGCAGGACUCGACUUCGAUCGCGCAGUCGAACAGGCGGAGCAGAUCUUCAAGAAGAUCUGUCCAGGCGAGGAAUUCCUGCCGCGCGCUCCCGACCCAGAGGAGAUCGUGUUCGAGGACGACGUGACGCACGGGCCGGAGUUCCAGCGCGAGCACGACGACGAGGCCGACGGAGACGCACCCAAGGAGUAG